AUGUCAUUACUCUUUGAAUCUGAUUUGGGAACUUAGAAACAAAGGAGGUAAGCUAUUUAGUAAUUAAGAGUCAAACAUUCAAAGGAAUUUUGAAGUAUCGUUAAGGGUUCACCAUGCCUCAUUGUGAUAACAAUAGUGAAGAUGCAUCAUUCGAGCCAAAUGUAUGUUCAAAUAGAAAAAUCGAAAUACAAUAACCAGUCUAAAAUGCUUUUAAAGGGGAUUGUUUGAGUCCUGAUCCCGACCCUGAUAUGGAGGAGGAUAGUAAGAGCAUGCUGCAAAUAGAGAUCAAGGAAAAAACUAAUUUGUGGGUCCAUGGGGGGCUUAGAAUAAUGUUUUAUAUCACUAAAUUUAUAAAGUAAAUGAAAACUCAUUCAACGGAAGUCAAGUUCAAAUCAUUAACAAAUGAGAUAGUGGAUUUGAUUCAGGAUUAAGCAAGCGACGCAGAUAAUUUAUUGCAUAAAUUGAAUAAAGUUGAAUAAGUAAUGCAGAAUUUGAAAUGGGUUUUGAAUUAGUUACCUGUUUUGGAUCCCGAUUCAAAUAUUAAAAUAAUUUGGGACAUUUUUGUAUUAACCCAAAUUAUAAUCAACAUUUUCUACAUUCCAAUGAAGUUGGGAUUUGGUUUUGAAAGAGAAGACUUUCUGAGUAGUAUAUUUUUAGAGACCUUGCCUUCUUGGACCUUUGUGAUUGAUAUAAUACUGACAUUCUUUACUGCUUUUUAUAGCCAAGGUUAAAUUCAUAGGGAUAAGUAGGAAAUCCUCAAACAUUAUGCAAGUCUUUAGUUAUGGUGGGACUUGAUGAUUGUAAUUCCAUUUAUCUUGUCUUCUUAUUCAGUGCCUUACACAGAAUACAUUUUGUUGUUAAGAGUGACCAAGGUAAAAUCGAUGAUUGAAGCAAUUGAGGAAGUCACUAAUCCAUCGAUCAAUGUGCAAACCUUAUUGGAACUCUUCAAAUCUAUGUUUUUGGUGCUUUUUGUGUCUCAUUUUUGUGCAUGCUUAUGGAAUUUGAUAGGAGAAAACCAAUUGGAAAAUGGGAAGAAUUCAUGGUUGAUAGCCAAGAAUAUCACUGAUGCAAGUUGGCUCACAAAAUACAUACACGCUUUUUAUUUCAGUACAAUUACUACUUUAACUAUUGGUUAUGGUGAUAUCGUACCUCAAACAGAUUUAGAAAGAAUCUAUGUAAUAUUAAUGGCAAUGGUGAUAUGCGGUCUAUUUGGAUACACAAUAUCUAGUAUUGGAAAUAUUCUAAGGUAAUUGACAGAGAAGGAACAGUAAUUCAAAUAGUAGAUGAUGCACAUAAACAACUUCCUUAAGAAGAAAAAUAUUAAUAAAUAAUUAAUGUUGUAAGUUAGGAAAUACUUCGAGUACUUUUUAAGGAUGGAACAAGAUUAUAAUGAAUUGGGUGAAAAAAUGAUGGUCAAUCUGGAUAAGAAGUUAAAAGAGUAAGUUGCUAUAGAUAUGUAUUGUGAAAUGUUGAAAAAAUCCAGAUUAAUCAAGUAGACCUUAUCAUUGAAAAGUGUUCAAAAAUUGUGCUCAUAUGUACAUGAACUUAAAGUAGCUCCAGAAGAGAUUAUAGCAACACAAAAUGAUUAAGCUAAUAAGCUUAUAUUCAUCUAAAGCGGAUAAUUGAGUUUGAUUUGUAAUUUCUUAUUUUGAUUAAUUUUUAAGGUGAUUAAAAAUUAAGAGAAACCAUUGUUGCCACUAUUGAGGAAGGCAAGUUUGUGGGUGAAAAAGAAUUCAUUACUCAGGCACGUUAUGACUACUCGAUUAGAUCAACUAAAUUCUGUUAGAUUGCAUUUAUCAAGUUUAAUUUCAUUCUAAAUAUAGUUAUGACGAUUUUCUUAGGAUUGUUCGUGAGGACGCAUUAGAAGAAGAGAAUUACUGCAUGCUUCGAGAUCAAAUGUUGUUUACUGAAGAGAAGUAGAAUUACGGGGAAGUUUGCUGCAUAUGUAAAUGGACACAUCAAUUUAAGAAGUAUACUUCUCAAUUCAAUUAGUUGUCCUUUAGUUUUCGUGCAUUUUAACUAAGAUAGAAUCAGAAAGAAGUUUAUGAUGUCAGAAGAUAUGAUACGAGCCUCCCAUGAAAGAGUAU